AUGGUACUAGCUUGGUGCUGGAACAGACGCCACCUGUAUCGUCACUCCCGGAAAGUACCCGGACCCCACGGACUCCCUCUACUUGGCAACCUCUUCGACUUUACUGGCACCCCAAGCGAAAUCUACGACAAAACCACAAAGUACUUCGAAACUUACCCCAACCUGGCUAAAUUAUGGUUCGGACCGAAACUCGUCUACGGAGUAAGCAAACCCGAGUACCUCGAAAAAAUCUUCUCCAGCCUUACCUCCUUUGACAAGGAAGAGUCGUACCGGAAGUUCGGCGGCGCUUUUCUCGGUGACGGACUCCUAACAGCUUCCUUACCCACCUGGAAGCGCCACCGCAAAAUCAUCCUGCCAAUUUUCAACCAAAAAGUACUAAACAGCUUCGUCGAAAUUUUUGCCAAACACUUCCAAUUUUUGAACGACGAAUUGGAAAAACACGUCGGACGGGAAUUCGAUUUGUACGAGUUGUUGACUAGAUGCACCCUGGAUAUCACAUGUGAAACGAUCAUGGGGGUGGAAGUUGGUACCCAGAAAGGGGAGUUGUUUUUGUUCAAGCGGCUUGACAGAAUUUUGGAGAUUACGUACUUACGACAGUACUCAAUCUGGUACCACUUGGACUUUAUGUUCAAGUGGACGCAACUGCACAAAGAGAACGUACGACUCAUUGGGGAGCUUAACCGCUUCACUGAAGAACUGAUCAAUAAGAAGCGGGUACAAGUCAGUACCGGUUGUACCCCCAACCGGAAAUCUUUGCUCGAUUUGUUGUUGGAGUCGUCUGCCGAAAAACUCACCACCGACGAAAUUAAAGACGAAAUGCAGACUUUCAUUAUAGCGGCGUCGGACACCACAGCCGUCACUGCUUGCUUCAUUCUAGUGAUGUUAGGGAUGCACCCACAGAUCCAAAACCGGGUUCUGGAAGAAACUAAUCUGAUUCUAGGUCCCGAUGGACAAUUGGAGUACCAAGAUAUCCCGCGUUUUGAGUACACCAGUCGCGUGAUCAAAGAAACGGUACGACUUUUCCCGCCUGGUCCCUACGUAGCGAGACACAUCCAAGCGGAUUUACCCCUAGAAGAAAAUCUGGUACUACCCAAAGGUGCGUCGGUUUUGUUGGGUCUGAUUCACGUCCAGAGGAGUACCGAGUUCUGGAAGGACCCUCUGAAGUUUGACCCUGACAGGUUUUUGCCCAAAGAGGUAGAGAAAAUUUAUCCGCAUUCGUACGUACCGUUUGCUACUGGACCCAGAACUUGCGUGGGAAAAAAGUACGCGAUGAUGUCAUUGACAACGAUGGUGGCAACAGUGGUCAGGAAGUUUAAGAUCGGUACUGAGUAUAAGUCGGUGGACGAGAUUAAAUUGAAAACUAAUAUGGUAAUCAGGCCCCAAGAUGGGUUCAAGGUUUGGCUUGAGUUGAGGAAAUAG